AUGAGUGUUGUGGUGAUCAGCAAGUCCCCACCCGUGCUCGUCGAGCCAUGGGAGGCGACAGUCACGGGAGGGGACAUCAAUCUGUCGUCUUAUGACAAGAUGUUUGGCGGCAGAUCAGUUACAGUGCUCUUCAUCUUUGCGUGUUCAAUUCCAGAUCCCGUGGAGACCAUUAAAAGGGGAUUGUCACAAGCACUUGUCCAUUACUACCUUAUCGCCGGCCGCCUUGCCGCUGGCGACGCAGCCGGCGAAUUCGUCAUCAAAUGCACCGGCGAGGGGGUCUCCUUUGUUGCCGCCUCUGCCAACUGCGCCAUCAAUGACGUCCCAGAGUUCUGUGACUCUUCGCUGCAAGAAGAGCUCGCCAUCUUCCAUGCGGCCGAGGGUUUCAGCAACACUGAACCACUAGUGUUGAUGCAGGUGACCGUGUUCACUUGUGGCGGGUUCGUCAUGGGGGUGACGUGGAACCAUGCCGUCGGCGAUGGUACCGGGAUGGCGCAGUUUAUGCAGGCCAUCGGAGAGUUGGCCCGCGGGCUGCCGUCGCCGUCCGUCAUCCCGGUGAGGUCCAAGAAUUCGCUCGUUUUGGACUUGCCUCCAUUUUCCACAAACUUUGUUCAAUUUUUGGGCAUGCUCCAGCCGUCCCCAAUGGUGUUCCUCGACAUUACUGUCCCAUCAAGCUUGGUCAACCGCAUCAAAAGCACGUACACCAUGAAUUACCACCGGCCAUGCACUGUGUUUGAGGCAGUUGCCGCGGUCCUGUGGCAGUGCCGAACCCGUGCAAUCAUGUCCGACCCGUCGGCCCUCGCCGUGCUUACCUUCCCAGCAAAUGCGCGAAAGCACGCGGUUGCCAGGGAGGGCUUCUACGGCAACUGCGUCACCGCGCAGCUGGUGACGGCGACCAGUGGCGCCGUGGCGAACGGCGACCUCAUGGAGCUAGUGAAGAUGAUCCAGCAUGCCAAGGAUCGGGUGCCCGGCCAGUCGAAGAUCGACGAGCUGCGGCAGUUGGAUGGGUACAAUCUUUUCUUCAUGUCGUGCUGGCGAAACCUUGGCAUGGAGGCGAUUGACUUUGGUUUUGGGCCGCCGGCGAGAUUGAUGGAGUACACCAAGGAAAGGACGACGCUGCCAAGCUGCGCAACGUGCGUCCCUUGCAAUGACGAGUACAACGUGCAGUCCAUCUGUGUCAUACAGGAGCACGCCGACGCUUUCAUCCGUGAAUUAGCAAAAUCCCACCUCACUUAUAAUCCGCUUUCAGCUUCAUCCAAGCUUUGA